GGGCCGGGGCUGGCUUUGGCGGCUGGGCUGGCCUGGGCUAAGAGGUUUCUGGAGCUUUUUCUGAACAGCAUGGAGUGAAAGCGGGUGCCAAGGCCGGAGUUGGCCGGGUGCAGCCGAAAAGAAAAUCAAACCGGUGCAGCGUUGACCGCGGAGAUGGCGAGGGGAGUCCUCCUGCUGCUGCUGCUUGCUGUUGGGGCUCAAGCAAAGAUAUCCUUCACUAAAGAGCCAUAUUCUCAGGAUGCCUUGCAUGGCCGUAGUGCCAUUUUGCGCUGUGAAGUGAAAGACCCUAGAGACAUUGAAUUUGAGUGGUUACAGAAUGGGGAAUCUAUUCAGGACACAGAACGGCGUUUCAAGGAAGGGAGCAACCUUCAAUUUGCAUCUAUUGAUCGUCAGCAAGAUGGCGGGAACUUCCAAUGUGUUGCCAGGAAUGUAGUUACUGGAGAAGAAGCUCGGACAACAAAUGCAUCCUUCAACAUAAAAUGGAUUGAAACAGGAAAAGUUAUCUUGAAGAAUCCUGUCAGAGUGGAGGAUAUACAAAGUUCUUCUCCAGUAAUGUUGCAUUGUCAUAUCGAUGGACACCCACGCCCAACAAGUCAGUGGUUCCGAGAUGGUAUCCAAAUUGUAGAUGAUCACACAAAUUACUCAGUCAAUAAUAAGGAGCGGACAUUGACCUUCAAGAGUGCCAGCCCAGAUGAUAAUGGCAUUUAUUACUGUUGUGCUCGGAAUGCUGUGGGCACUGUAUGCAGCAGAAACAACUUCACCCUCAGUAUUAUAGAUGAAAGUUUCCCUCACCCAGUGAUUGUUCCCGAGAACCAAAUUGUCAAUAAAAAUGAGGAGGCUAUGUUCCAUUGCAAGUUCCAGGCUGUGCCACCACCCACCCAAGAAUGGCUAUUUGAGGAUGACUCCCCAAUUCAAAAUCGGAGCAGGACCAUCAUAUUUUCCAAUGGCUCUUUACUAGUAACUCAGGUGAAACCACGCAGUGUUGGAGUCUAUAAAUGUGUUGGCCGUGGACAGAAAGGAAAACCUGUAAUCCUGGAGGCAACCCUACAACUAGCGGAAAUUGAAGAUUUUUCUCAAGCAUUUGACCCCAAAAUUGUCAUAGCCAAUAAAGAACAACGUGUAACCUGUGUGGCUCCUCGUGGGAUCCCUGAACCUCAUAUCUGGUGGGAGAGAAACAAUGUCCGUAUCCCCAUUACUGGGAGAGUUCACCAAGAAGCAGGGGACCUUGUCUUCACUACUAUUGUAGAAAAGGAUACCGGAAUAUAUACUUGCCAUGCAGUGAACAAGGCUGGAGAAAAAAAACAAGAUCUUUCCAUUACAGUAGCAACAAAGCCAGAAUGGGUGGAAAAACCCAAGGACAGUCAGCUAGAGGAGAGUAAACCAGGAUACCUUCAUUGUGUCAGUAAAGCCUCUCUGAAGCCCACUGUCAACUGGUUUCGUAAUAGCAUCCCUAUUUCAGAGGAUUCCCGCUUUGAAAUUGCUGAGAAUGGGACGUUGCGUAUUAACAGUGUGGAAGUGUAUGAUGGGACAAUGUUCAAGUGUGUAAGCAGCACUCCGGCAGGAAGUAUUGAAGAACAAGUCCGCGUACAUGUUCUGGAAAAGCUGAAGUUUACUCCUCCUCCUCAACCCCUGCAGUGUGUUGAAUUUGAUAAAGAAGUCACUAUUUCCUGCUCAGCUACAGGGCGAGAAAAACCUGCAAUCCACUGGAUUAAAACCGAUGGGAGAAAUCUGCCAGCUUUGGUCAGUAACAAUUCUGGAAACCUGCACUUUCAUAAAGUGACACGAAGUGAUGCUGGAAACUAUACUUGUAUUGCUUCUAAUGGUCCACAAGGGGAGAUCAGAGCAACAAUUCAACUUACAGUGGCAGUAUUUAUAAGUUUUAAAUUGACGCCAGAUGACACAACUGUAUAUCCAGGACACACAGCCAUGUUUCAGUGUCAAGCUGAGGGUGACCCAUUGCCACAAAUCCAGUGGAAAGGAAAGGAUAAGAUUUUGGAUCAUGAUGAAUUUUCACCCAGGAUCCAAAUUAUGACCAAUGGCUCUCUAAUAAUAUAUGAUGUCACCACUGCGGAUUCUGGCAAGUAUACCUGCAUUGCUGGCAAUAGUUGCAACAUCAAGCACCACGAAGCCUUUCUCCAUGUUGUUGAUUUACCAGUUACCAAUUCAGAGGACAUACCCAACAGCCACACCCCUUAUAAAAUGAUCCAGACCAUAGGGCUAUCUGUGGGUGCUGCAGUGGCGUAUAUAAUAAUCGUCCUGGGCCUCAUGUUCUACUGCAAGAAGAGGAGGAAAGCGAAGAGACUGAAGAAGCAGCCAGAAGGUGAAGAACCAGAGAUGGAAUGUCUGAAUGGGGGCACUUUGCUGCAAAAUGGACAGACUACUGCUGAGAUCCAAGAAGAAGUGGCUCUGACAAAUAUUGGCAGCAGCUCUGCAGUCAACAAGAGACACAGUAGUAGUGAUAAAAUGCACUUCUCUCGGUCUGGCCUGCAGACAAUCACUCCUCUGGGGAAAGGUGAAUUUGGAGAUGUUUUCCUAGCUAAGGCAAAAGGCAUUGAGGACAAUGACACUGAAGUGCUUGUUUUAGUCAAGAGUCUUCAGUCAAGGGACGAACAGCUACAGCUGGCCUUCAGGCAAGAAUCUGAGAUGUUUGGCAAACUGAACCACAGCAACGUGGUGCGAUUGCUUGGCCUAUGCCGGGAAGCAGAACCUCACUAUAUGAUCUUGGAAUAUGUAGAUCUGGGAGAUCUGAAGCAGUUCCUGAGGAUUUCCAGAACUAAAGAUGAGAACCUCAAGCCCCAGCCCAUUAGCACAAAACAGAAGUUAUCUUUCUGCUGUCAAGUGGCACUCGGGAUGGAACAUCUCUCCAAUAGCAGGUUUGUUCACAAAGACUUGGCGGCUCGGAACUGCCUGGUCAGUGCGCAACGGCAGGUGAAGGUGACAAAACUAAGUCUCAGCAAGGAUGUUUACAACAGCGAAUACUAUCAUUACCACCAAGCCUGGAUUCCACUUCGUUGGAUGCCCCCCGAAGCUGUCUUGGAGGAUGAAUUCUCUACAAAAUCUGAUGUGUGGUCCUUUGGGGUCAUCAUGUGGGAAAUAUUUUCAUUGGGGGAAUUGCCACAUUCAUCAUUGGUGAAUGAAGAGGUGUUAGCAGGUUUACAGUCUGGGAAAAUGAAGCUUCCCCAUCCAGACGGUUGUCCCUCCAAAUGUUACAAGUUGAUGCAGCGCUGUUGGGCUCAAAGCCCUAAGGACCGCCCGUCUUUCAGUGAGAUUGCUAACAUGCUUGGAGAAAGCCCAUCAGAAAGCAAGGCCUGAGUAGGAAAUGCCCACCCUAUUCAAAGGUUGGAUUGGACUGAAAUCUCAUUCUGGUAUCUUGACUGUUACAGAUUCUCAAUGGGACCUAACAGAACCAAAGGGGACCAAAAACUUUUACACAAGUGGAUGAAGGCUGUGGAUGUUUUCUUGAUCUGAGAUGUCUUCACCAGGCUGUGUUCUCUGUGCCUGGCCAGGUUGCAUUCCUCCAGGGUCUACCUCUGACUUCCACAGGACUAGUUAAAAACAUCUUAGAAAUGAAGGGAAUGCUGGCAACUACCAUCUUAGAUACUUUCACAAGGAAAGCCUGUAACAAGUUUUUGGGACUUCUCUGUCUUGGCACAUUUAACCUUUUAUUUAGUUUUCAAAUCCUUUCAUGGAAAAGCACAGACAGGUUCCCUCUGGGAAAGGGUUUUAUAAUUUUGGGGGUGGGGGUGGGGAAGGGCACAUGCAAAGAAUCAUGCUGCUCAGUCAUUAAUAUUUUUUGGCAGGAGGCAUUAAGAUGGCAACAGGGAAACUAAAGUUGAUAACGCCUGUUGUCGCUUUUAUAAUGUUUGCAGUAUUUGACUGGAUUUAUCUUGUGAAGCAACCAAAAGUAGUGCUAUGCACAAUAGCAGCCCCAUCCCAAGCUCACCUAAUUUUUGAUCCUGCAAUGGUUUCUCACUUGACUGGAAUCAGAAAGGCCUGGACUGCAAUUAUUUUCAUCUUGAAGAGCUCCAGUGACUUUUCCUUGAUUGUAUCCCUGCUAAGGAUCUAAGGAGAAUCCUUCUUAAGACAAGGAGGAACCUGCAUAUUUAUUGAACAAUGCUUUAUUUCUCCACCUGGUACUGUCAGUCUGUCAGGCCUUCUGCCGCCUCCUUACAUACCCAGAAAAAAGCAACAAACACUAAGUGCCUGGCAUAUGAAGGAGACUUUCAGUAGCUUUCCUGAUUAUCUAAUGCCGCUUUUUAUAUGAUUCUUUUGGGGCAAUGUUUGUUUUUCUUACUUUUUUUAAAGAAAUGUUGACACUUUGCAGCCUAAGUAAUUCUUUUAUAUGCACACACACAUUUAUAUAUAUAUUACUGGAAUUGCAGCCUAGAGACAAUUUAGCUUCAGUUUGCUUGAGCAGAGGAGUAGAACAGCCAAAAGGUUUUUUUUUUAUAAAAAAUAAAAUAAAAUACACUGCUUACAAUAAAGAAUCCCUCUCAAACAAAAUUAAAAUAAAUUGCAAUCUGUGUUUCUUUUCUUUUGUUUCUCUAGAUGAAUAAAAACAUCUUGGAAUGAUUGUGGGAUAAAAGCAACAAAUGCUAUCAUAUUAAGGUCAACACAAUUUUUAUUCAUAUUCUUUUAAAAUGCUUUUAAUCACUGAAUUUAUCUCAUGUUUUUCCAUUGUCUGGGUUGAUUCAUGACAAAUGCUAUGUCAUCAUUCAUAUGUCAUAUUGAAUAGAAAACAACCCAAACUCAUGGCUGAGCAUUACUUGUGAACUGAGCAGUUAUUUCUAAACUGUUGUAUUUGGACUAUGAUAUUCUUGAGAUAUCGUAUCUGAGUUUCUUCAUAUAGCAUAUUCUUCCAAUCCUGAUUGUAUUAUUUAAUAUACAAUAGGAAUCUUCCAUAAAAAGAGAAAAGGCUAAUUCCAUUACAGUUCUUUUCCAAUACAUCACCAUGAUUAAUCUAACAAACUCAGACUGCUUUUGUUUGAUUUUAAGAAAUCAAAAAAAUCAGUGUUUGCUUUGUAUUUAAUAACUUGGGAGAUGUGCAUACAGCACUGAAUACUAUAUUGCAUGUUUCUCAACCUUGGCAACUUGAAGGCAGGUGGACUUCAACUCCCAGAAUCCCUCAGCCAGCCUUGAAGGUUGGGAAUUCUGGGAGUUGAAGUCUGCCCAUCUUCAACUUGCCAAGAUUGAGAAGCACUGUAUAUUACAUAAAAAUCGUGUUAUAGAAUUAAUACUUGUGUGGUGAAAAACUUGGAAGCAAGCUCAAGUGAGACAACCAACUCCUAUACUUUUUUGUUGCAAUCCCAAAAUUGUGAAUUUUGAUAAACCUAUGAUAAGGCCAACUCACAUGCAAAAUUACUUUAGCCAUUGUUUCUUACUGAAGCAUCUAUACAGUGACCAUAUUUUUAUGGAAAGAAUAAAGGACAAACCUGAAAAAAAUAAAUCUGAAAGAAGUUCAUAAGAUUAAAAAUUGUUUAUGUUUAUAACCUUGCUUUACAAAGGAAAAUUCAAAAGAAAAUGAAGAAAAAAUUUACAAAAACAUGUAUUCUAAUAAAAAUAUGUAAAGUCAAA